CGUCGUCUUCGACGAGAGCAAAGGUGUAUGUAUUUUGGUUUGGCAAUUUUGCUAUGGUGUAACGUAAAAUGUGUGCAAACGAAACAAAUUUACUGCACCAAAAACUUCUCAAAGUUUAAUGUGAUUGUGAUCUAUUCAAGUGAUUAGGUUUCCUGCUUCUUAUUUUUUUUUUGACGGGAAAGCCAGCAACAUGCAUCAGUACUACCUUUCGGUGAUAUUUGUGAGGCUGGUGCUACCUGCAGGGCUCCUACUAGCCAUUGCCCUGCGACCGUUCGGAUUAUCAUUAAUAUACUUGCUGCUGUACUUAAUAGCACCGCUAGCGCAAGUGCCCGACACCAAAACAUAUUCCGGAUGGCGGGGCAGGUUCCUAGUGCUGAACUUUGUGGUAUCGUUGCUGGUGCUGUUGACGCACGCGGCAUGGCACAGCGUGCUGGCGGCGUUCGGCCCCUACGGCUCUCUGCUGGACAAGCUACCACUGCUCAAAGACAUCGGCUACAACCUCGGGCUCGUCUCCUUCUCCGACAUCGAACCCCUGAUGGCAAUACACUAUGUCGCACCUGAGCUGGUCGCAACUGGGACAUCGCUAACAGUGUACCUUGUGGUCCGACGUCUGCUCACCGUGACCAACCCGGACGAACUGCCGAGGAAGGAUUCCAAGCACCAGCGGUACCCAUUACUUACCAGUGCAGGCAAGUACAUAGCGUUGUUCCUGAUAAUGUUCUCUGGGAUAAUGCGGCCGAGCGUUACUUCGGGAAUCUACUUCCUGGUGUUCAUGAGCGCGGCGACGGCGUGGUCGCUGGGCCGGCCACUGGAACGCGGCUUUGCGGUCGUCAGCCGCUGUCUCAUGGCCAUCAUGGCCGCACACAUUACUAUCUUACUCGUCUAUCAGUGCUCCUGGAUCAUUAAUAUUUACCCACCGGAUGAGAACUUUGCUAGAUACUUUGGUUUAACAAAAUUAGUCAUCUUAAACGAUACAGAUUCAGAUAGUUUUACGUACGAAGUGACCGACGACCACAUGUGGGCCACACUCGCGAGUCCCCUAGUUAUACUCUUUACCUACUUCUUCCUCGCAAUCGAGAGCCGCGAACUGUUCAAGCCAAAGGUUGCAUAUUCAUACAUAAAUUCCCAAGCACUGCGACAGGACGUCGGUGAGAACACACCUUUGAUAAGUGCGACGUCGCCGAGCCGGCGCUGGCCGAGUGUUCGCUCCAGAUCCGGUUCGCGUCAACUGCACCAGGAUUCCACGGGAUCCGUCGUUGUCCCUGACGACGAAUCUAUUAUCGAAGAAGAAGAACCGACAUUAAUGGAUGAUGUAGUUGCAGCUAUUAUAGACUUCUUCCAAGUCUUGAUCAGAUCAUCGUACAUAGCGACGACAAUCACGAUGAUGGCUUGGAGCAUAAUGUUCCACUCAUGGCUAACGUUCGUGUUCCUGAUGUGGGCCAAUAUGGUCUGGUUAUGCCAUAACCAGCGCUCCUUCAUGCUCAAGACCAGCCCCGUGCUCGUCUUCUACGCCAUGCUGCUGCUUAUCGCGCAGUAUAUAUACGGCAUGAACUUGUACGAAAGCGAACUACCGUCUAAUAUUACAGAGGUGAACCUGCGUCAGAUCGGCGUGGGGCGGGGUGAAGGCGAGCCGUGUGUGCCGCUGCUCAUCAAGUCGCUGUUCACGUGCAUGUUCUGGGUGACGCUACGUCAGCGCGUCCACGAGCUGCGCGUGCGCCGGCAGUCCGCCGCCACCGCGGACCUCGCCGCGCCCCUGCACCUCACCGCGUCCACUGCAGGCGCCGGUGUGGAGGGCGCUAGUGAGGAGCCGCGGUCGCGCCUGCUGCGGGCGCUGGGGGCGUGGCUGCGCUCGGCCUGCGCCCGCUACUGGAUCUACGUGGUCGUCAUCAUGCUGUUCGUCAUCGGUGUCACCGGCGAGCGCAUGACCAUCUUCCGCAUCAUAUACAUGUUCCUCUUCCUCGCAUUUAUAUUGAUGUUCCAAAUAAGUUGGUACUGGUGGCGGCGACUAAUGUAUAUGUUCUGGAUAACUGUCAUCAUAUACUCGAUGAUCAAUCUUAUACUGAUAUACAUAUACCAGUUCGAUAACUUCUCCAAGAUGAUAGAGAAAUAUCUUCUAAUAAAUGAGAGAUUACAGCACGAUUUAGGCCUGGAACCAUAUCAUCCCGCGGACUUGUUUGUCAAACUGUUGACACCUACGUUGUUCCUCAUUAUAACUAUAAUGCAGGUUCAUUACUUCCAUAAAGACUUUCUGGCACUCUCGGACCCAAACACGACGACAAAUAGUGUCGCUACUCGUCGAGAAUCUAGUCAUCCUAGCCAAGCUGGUACUUCCACAAUAAAAGAUUUUCCAGCGUUACCUUUGGAAGAAGACCAUGUGGGUUCCGGGCCCAGCGGAGAAGACUCUAAGACGGAGAACAUGCGAGGCUCCAGGCGCUCUUUAUAUAGAAAGUCGUCGCGUAGCCGGUCGUACGCGACGGAACGCGGGUCGCGCGGGUCGCGCAUGUCGCGGGGGUCGCGGGCCGCCACGCUGCAGCCCUGGCUGCUGGCGGCGCUGCGGCGGGCGCGCGACCUGAUGCAGAGCGCCGCAGACCGCGCCUUCCUCUUCCUCGACCUGCAUCUCCUCAAGGUCAUCUUCCUCGCCCUCAUGUUGCUCUGCGUCAUGAACGUUUGUGCCAUGCAUGUGCCAAUUAUGGUUAUAAUUUCACCUGCUCUGUUAUUAAAUUCUCGAAAACAACGUUUCUGCGUGCUGUUGAUAUCGACCCUUAUCAGCAUAUACCUAAUGGCGAAAAUGGUAUAUCAAAUCGAAUAUAUCAAGCAUUCAUAUUUUGACGUUAACUGUACUGCGUCUGAUGAUAACAUAACGACGUACAACAACGCGGAGUGGGUGGGCUUCUACAAGGCGACUCACGACCGCCCUCUAGUUGUGUUGCUCAAAGGAUACAUUGGACUUAUUGCAGUAUUUACCUUCUACUCCCUUGUCAGUUACAGACAGAAGAAUAUAAGAGAUCGCGGUCUUCUACCAAGUGGUGCGGAAAAAUUAAUGUUCCCAGAGAUAACGCGCAAAGAGGCUGACAAAGAUUUAAUACAUUGCAUUAAGUACUUGGUCAACUACGGUUUCUACAAAUUUGGUGUUGAGAUCUGUUUGAUCUGCCUGAUGGGCGUGAUCGGGUCGCGCAUGGACGUGUACGCGGCGGUGUACGCGGGCUGGCUGCUGGCGCUGGUGUCCUGCGCACGCGCACGCCUGGCGCGCGUCUGGCCCGCCUUCACCGCCUGCCUCACCGUGCUCGUGCCGCUGCAGUACAUGCUCUCCGUCGGCUUCCUGCCGCAGCUCUGCCUCACCUUCCCCUGGAGCGGUGACACGCAGCAAAUGAAGCACGUGCGUUCCUGGCUGUACCUGCCGUACCCAGCGGAGCCGCCUCAUGCAGUCAAGUUGAUCUUCGACUACUUCUUGCUGCUGUUCGCGGCGCGGCAGCUGCGUGUGUUCCGGCUGGAGCGUACGCACGGCACCGCAUACCCCGGCGGCUCCAACAGCGAGGACAUCGGCAAGGACUGGGAGACGCCCAACUUCGUUAACCCAGUCCCGGACUUCCUGGAUUACGUCGGGUCGUGGUUAGAUGUGAUCAAGCGUAUGGUGUUCCUGGGGAUGCUGUGGGUGACGUUGGCCAUCAUGUUUAUGACGGGCACCAAUCGUGUCAACCUCUUCUCUAUGGGCUACCUCAUUGGCUCUUUCAUUUUCCUCUGGCAAGGCACAGACUUCUAUCUGCGGCCGAAAGAAGCUAUUUUACAGUGGUGGUCGUGGUUGGUGCGGUACAACGUGUGCGUGGUGGUGGUGAAGGCGCUGCUGCAGAUCCCGGGCUGCAUCUUCAGCGGCGCGAUGCAGGCGCGGGCCUGCUGGCUGGUGCAGCUGCUCGGUAUCGGCUGCGUCGAUAAGUUCGCCGGCGGUAACAUCGCGCGCUUCAUCAAGAUGCAAUACGACAAGGAUUCAGCGUGUUCUGUGCCCCAGGAGGAUAUCGGCUUAGCGUGGGACGGCGUCUGUUUCGCUUUCUUAAUACUCCAGCGUCGUCUUUUCCACAGUUACUACUUUUAUAGAGUCAUCGACGAAAGCAAAGCAACCACUGUACUUGCUUCCAGAGGAGCUGAAUUAAUUGAAGAGUUACGACAAAAGCAAAUGCAAGUGCAGGAGGAGCAGGAAAUUAAGAUAUUAGAAAAGAUCAAAGUAAAAAUGGAGAGAAUUAAGGCUAACCAAAAGAAGAUUCAAGGCGCAAUGUCCAAGGAGCCUCUGCAACAUGACGCUGGAAGUGAGUCUGGUUGUGCGACUAGAAGGCGAAUAUUCACUAAGAGACACGAAGCACGAGACAGGCCGCCGUAUAAGCCGCCCGCCAGCCAUCAGAAGGCCGUACGAUCUGGAGACUACUACAUGUUCGAUGAAUUUGAUGACACCGACUUACAUUUGAAAGACGACGAUUCCAGCUCCGAUGAAGAUGCGCCUAAAGAAAUGGGAUUCGGCAAGCUGCUGUCGACGGUGAUCAAGUCGGACCUGCGGCGCGCGGUGUCGGCUCGCCGCUCCUCCGCGCCCGCAGCUCGCACCGACAGACACUUCUCGCUCGGCACCUACCCGCACUCCGACCCACAUCAGCUUCGCACGCGGUCGCCGUCGGGCGCGGACGUGUCGGAGCGCGAUGGCGAGCUCUCCGACAGAGAUCGCCAGCCUUCCGAAAUCGAUGACUACGGAGCGUUGCCAGAGAAGGAAUCAUCGCUUGAGAAGCUGUACACGUACAUGCGGACAGCGUGGGCGUUCAUCUCGAGCCUGCUGGUCUCGCUGACGAGGCACCUCAUGAAGUACUCCCGCGACUAUCGCUAUGUCUCUAGAACCCUGUCUGUCGAGAAGAAAAUACUUAAGGAAAAGGAAGGCUUCGGUAUAGGACUACGCGAGGGUUCUCAAAUGAUAUGGGAGCCGUUGCCGGAAACUUUAGCUCACCAUAUGCCAUCGGAGAGGGAACACUCCGACCAACGUCUGCAGGUGCCCUCUGUCGAGAUGGGCCGUAAGUUAAGCGAAAUAAGCGUACCGGAGAUCCGAAUACUAGCGCCGAGCAUGGAGCGCGGGCUGGACGCGAGCCCACCGCGAGCCGCCUCGCCCGCCUCACCCGCCUCCUCCGACGACACCUCCGAACACGAGAGCGCAUUUAGCUUACAGACCACCGAAAGCAAAGACGUGACUACAUUGGAAGAGCAAGAUGACUCGAUGUUCAAGCAAGACAAGUCCCCGAUUCUACAUCUCGCAUACGCACUGUGGUACGCCGUACUCGCUCACACAGACAUCGUUUGCUAUAUCAUGGUUUUUAUUAACCAGAUUCAAUCAGCGACUAUCCUUUCUAUCCCGUUGCCGCUCAUGGUGUUCUUGUGGGGCACUGUUACUAUACCACGACCAACUAAAACAUUCUGGGUCACAUUAAUUGCUUAUACGGAGGUUAUCGUGCUGAUAAAGAGUAUGUUCCAAUUCGAGAUCCUACCUUGGAACCAGAAGGCGAUCCCGGCCAACAUGCCCUUCACGGCGCCGCGCAUCAUCGGCAUUGAGAGGAAGUAUAACUACGCCCUCUACGAUCUGCUGCUCCUGCUCAUCAUAUUUUUGCAUAGGUUCAUGCUGAAGUCUCUGGGUCUGUGGAAGGAGUCGUCGCCGGAGCUGGAGCUGCGCGAGGACGCGGAGUACGCGCUGUCGGCGGAGGACACGCGGCUGGUGGUGGAGGGGCGAGGCGCGGACGUCGGCCGCAAGUACCUGCGUCUGCACGACCGCACCGCACCGCAAGUGGAGGGUAAUGCGGAGGCGGGAGGUCAGGCGAGCAGUCUGGCCAUCACCGCAGUACCGGAGCUGGAUGAGAGGCAGGAGGACGAGCCGGGGCCCUCCAGGCCUCCUGACGACGACCAUUACAAAGUAAACGACGAUCAAGAGCCGAUAAUUGCUGUGACAACGACAUUGGAAGAUACAUACAAACAUUAUCCACAAGUGUUGUUGUUAUCUUUCAAACGCUAUUUACGUCCAACGCAGCGCUUCUUCAAGCGUAUGCUGGCGCCGGGAGCGCGCGUUACCGCUGAUGUGUACGCGUACAUGUUCCUGUGCGACUUCUUAAACUUCCUCGUUGUCAUCUUCGGAUUUGCCGCAUUCGGGACUCACCAGGGUGACGGCGGUGUGCAAGCGUACCUGGAGGAGAACAAGGUUCCAAUCCCAUUCCUCGUGAUGCUGAUCCUGCAGUUCGCUCUCAUUGUAAUAGACCGCGCCCUCUACCUGCGCAAGUUCAUGCUCGGCAAGAUCCUGUUCCAGUACGCGCUCAUCAUCGGCGUUCAUAUCUGGAUGUUCUUUGUAUUACCAUUCAUCACUGAAAGGACGUUCAACGCGCUGCUGCCGCCGCCGAUGUGGUACAUGGUGAAGUGCGUGUACCUGCUGCUCUCCGCGUACCAGAUCCGCUGCGGCUAUCCGCGCCGCAUCAUCGGCAACUUCCUCUGCAAGUCAUACCACUUCCUCAACAUGAUCUUCUUCAGAGGGUUCAUGGCGGUGCCAUUUGUGUUCGAGUUGCGCACUCUGAUGGACUGGAUCUGGACGGACACCUCCAUGACGCUGCUCGACUGGCUCAAGAUGGAGGAUAUUUUCGCCAGCGUUUUCCUCCUCAAGUGUUCGCGUUACGUGGAAGAUGAGUUCCCGCAGCCGCGUGGUGUCAAGAAAUCUAGUACCUCCAAGUAUCUGCUGGGUGGUGGCGUACUUGCCUUCGUCAUCGCAAUCAUAUGGUUUCCACUCGUCUUCUUCGCGUUCGGCAACUCUGUCGGCCAACCGAACCCACCCACUGAUGUGACGGUGAAGAUCCGCAUCGGACCCUUCCUGCCUGUCUACCAGAUGUCGGCGCAGUCACACAACAUAGACAUCUAUUCUGAGCAAGACUACACGCAGCUGAGCAAUCUGUACGCUCGCGACCGCACUGCGCAGACCUUCCUCUCCAACUACAUGUACAACGACGUGGCCGUCAUCACCAUCAACCCCAACUCCACCAUGAAGUGGGAGAUCUCGCCGCCGGAGCUCGCGCGUCUCGAGCGCGAGGCUGCUUCUAACGCAUCGCUGACGGUGAAGUUCACAUAUGUGAUAACACACCCGAGCAACAACGCGCAGAACCCGCCCACAAUGGAGGACAGCCGCGAGGUGUCUCUGCCGGCGCUGGUGGCUGGCCGCCCCAACCCUGAGCGUGACACGCUGCUGCAGCUCCUCACUGGCACCUCACCACCCGACACAUGGUUACAUGUAAAGACACUGUUCCCGAAAUUCGUUAAAGUAUUCAACAAAGGAGCGGCAAAGCCUGCGUACCAGCUUAUGCCUCCCACCACUGAUGACGAUGAGAACGCGAGGCUGUAUCGCAACGUGGAGCUACGUCUGGAGCGUGAGAGCGGCGCCAUGUACUGGCGCGUGCGCGAGGACUGCGAAGCCAGGGACCCGAUGGCAUCAAUACCAAUGAAUAAUUGUGACAUGCUCGUCAUGUACACUUUCAAUGACAAGCUGUUCCCCGAGACGCUCAACUUCAUCUCCGCCGGCGGUAUCAUCGGGCUGUACACUACGUUCGUGUUCCUGGCAUCGCGUGUGUUGCGCGGCUUCUUCUCCGGCAUCUACACCAAGAUCAUGUUCGACGACCUUCCCAACGUAGACCGCGUGCUGCAGCUCUGCCUCGAUAUAUACCUCGUGCGUGAAGCGCUUGAAUUGGCGCUAGAAGAAGACUUGUUCGCUAAACUGGUAUUCCUGUACCGCUCACCCGAGACCAUGAUAAAAUGGACUCGACCCAAGGAGGAGCCUGACGAGCAAAGAGCGCUGCCCGCCUCUCGCUGACCAUACGACACAUAGUCGAGUAUGAAUACAUGAUUACAGUCGAUAAACCAUUUUCCUGCCAUCCAUUUGAAAAUAUAUUAUUAUAUAAAGACUACGAAGUAUUGAACCUUCAAUACAAAUUGCACUUUCCUAUGGAUCGUUUUGGAUAGAUACGUAAGUUGUACAGUAAGGGAUAGUUAGGUUACUUAAGAGUAAUAGCGGUGCUUUAAAGUUCCAGCCUCUUUACAAAUUAUUGUGGGCAAAUCAAUUAUAGCAUAUUUACAAAAUCGUGCACAUACAAUCAUUUUUAUGUCAUUACCAGCGUUCUGCUCUUAUUUAUU